AUCCGCAGUGUGCCAUUUAACUUACUAAGUUGCUCUCCACUCCUCAUUGCUCCCCAUAAGGAAUGCACACCAGACCUCCUCUGAAAGUUGAUUCUUCUGCUGCAACAACUGAUAACUCUUUUUUUCGCCAUGAAUAAAGCUCUUGAAUCGACUCUUUCGGGUCUGGUCCCAUCACUUGUUGGUCCAGUGCCAUCGGAGCUCAUCGAUCUAUCCGCGUCGCUCAUCACUCAGUCUCGCAAUCGAAUUAGCAGUUUAAAACCCACAGAGGAGGGGGCCAGAGUUUAUGUCUGUGCUCACAUCGCGUGCGAUAGGUAUUGCCACAUUUCACGUUUUCAUGAGAUAGGCCCGCAGCUCUAACUGUGCCGGAUAGAUUGCGAAAGAAGCUUGACCUUCCGACCAUCGAACCCCGUCCACCGCUAGCUAAGAAAGCCUAUGGUGCCCUUUAUAAUCAAUUCCACAAAGCUUUGACAACGGUCUCUUUUCGCUCUCAACAGGUCGCCCCACAAGCUCCCUUGGAAACCCCCUCUACCGUUUCUUCCAUUUCUACACCGGCUGCCAACAGUUCAAAUCUUUCAUCCGUCGAUCCAGAGAUUAGAGCUCAUGUCAUUACGCUUUGCCGCGCUUUGGGCUGCCCUUCCGCUGGAAUUCACAUCAUUGCCGGAACUACCGCGACGCUGAAGGUUGCGCCAGAUGACAAAUUCCCUCGCAGAAAGAAUUAUGCUCUUCCUAUCAUCACCGCCGCCGCCCUGCUCAUUAUCGAGAAGCUUCUUCCCGAAGGAAAAACUAUCACCGUUGGAUCCGCCGGAAAAUGGAGACGUGGAGAGGGCUACUGUAUGAAGCGUGAUGGUGUAAUGAAAGCCCUAGGGAGUGUUGGUGAAGAUGGAUUCACAAAGGAUGAUACAGACUGUUGGGUUAAGGAUCUAUCGAAGAUGGGAAUCAAAGAGCUCGAAUGGUUGAAUAAUGUUCCCAAUCAGGGCGGUAUCAAGAAACGCAAGGCUGCAGCUGCUGAUGAGGAGGACUUACAGCUCCAGGCCGAGAUUUUGGCUGGGAAAGCCACCAACACCCCAGCCCGUAAAAAGGCUAUCCCGAAGAGUAAAUUGGGCGCUAGCUCUGCUCCAGUAGAAAAGAAGAGAGAGGUUGCGUUUACUCCCGCACCCGUUGCCCCAAUGGCGGUUAGAAUCCUGAGAGCUCGGACUAGGACAGAGGCUAAAGUAAAGGAGAAGGAAGAGAGCGGGAUUGGCACUAUGAGGCAGGACCCGGUUGAUUAUCUGAACCCCAAAAAGAGAAGGCAAUUCGCAGGGUGGGAGGAUGAUAUGUUGAGGGGAUGCACAGAGGUUGAAGAAGCCACGGGUCACAGCCGGGGACAGGGACAACCCGUACCGGUAUAA